AUGGCUCGUACCAAGCAAACGGCUCGCAAGUCCACCGGCGGCAAGGCGCCGCGCAAGCAGCUGCGCAUCUCGGGGCUCAUCUACGAGGAGACGCGCGGCGUCCUCAAGGUGUUCCUGGAGAACGUGAUCCGCGACGCCGUCACCUACACGGAGCACGCCAAGCGCAAGACGGUCACGGCCAUGGACGUGGUCUACGCGCUCAAGCGCCAGGGCCGCACCCUCUACGGCUUCGGCGGCUGA